GUGGAUCAGGACUACUAGAAGCUUGCUGUGGCACUCCAGUCUCUCCCCGAUGAAGAGUAGGCGUGUAAGAUGGAAUGAGGAAAAUCUGGGGGAAAUUGAAGCGAAUAAACCAGUAAGACAAAAAAUAACAGAACCCAAGACGCCGUACCACCCCAUGAUUGACGAUGAUGAUGGAUCUUUGUCUCCCAGAGGACGUAGUUUCAAUGAUUGUGUCACUGAUAUGGAUGCUGAGGAAUUACACUCUGCUUUGAAAGAUGUGGCUUCCUCGAGUAGAAAAACAAAAGGGCAAUCUGGUGGCUGGUCAUCUUCUGACGAUGAGGCUGAUCCUAUGGAUCAUGAAGAUGAAGAUCGAAAUGGUAGGAGUUUCAAGGAGCAAAGAAAAGCGCAUUAUGAUGAGUAUCUGAAAAUCAAGGAAUUGCGACGAAAAGGCUCUUUCCUCGAGGAUGAAGUGGAGGGUGAGUCAUCUUCAUCACUAAGCUCUGGUUUCAAAGACAUAGGAAUUGGGGAAGGUCCUGCAACUUUGCCGUAAAAAUCUUCUGCGAGUACUGGGCAUCUCAGCUAAUGGAUUGUAAUUGUAGAAGUCAUCCAACCAGUCCGAGACACCCAAAGCUCACUCCAUUGUCGUUCUUUUAUGGUAGUUUCAUGUUAUUUCGAUGCACCAAAAAACGGGGGUUACGUGUUUUUUUUUUUUUGGUUUCAUAUUUGAGAUCACAUGUGCAAAAUUUUAUAAUUUGGUAUGUUUGUAUGGAG